AUGGCGAUCGCCUCAGUCCUCGCGCCUCGCGACGUCCCGACGACGCUGAACUUCUACAAGCCCCUCGAUGAGGAGCCCCCGCACCGCUACGCCUACGCCGUCGAGGGCAAGCCCCAGACUAAUGUUGGAUCAGAGCCCCACCCUGCUGUUGUGCACGACGUGCGUGGCCGCGAAGCCGAGUUCUCCCUCGACAAGAACGGCUUCCAGUGGGUGCACUGGCCGAGCGUCGCAAAGGACUUCGUUGACGACGAGGUCAUCAAGGAGAAGUACUACCCCGAGGUCGAGAGGCUUCUGAAGGAGGUUGCGGGCGCGAAGCGCGUCUUCAUCUUCGACCACACCAUUAGGCGCAGCCCAAACUCGGAAGACCAGAGGGACCCUAAGAGACGUGGCCCCGCUGAGCUCGUCCACAUUGACCAAACAUACGAAGCCUCCAUCGAGCGCGUCAAGUACCACCUUCCCGACGAGGCCGACCGGCUGCUCAAGUCGCGCGUGCGCAUCAUCAACGUCUGGCGGCCGAUCGCAAACCCCGUCGCGCACAAGCCACUCGCGGUCGCGGACUGGCGCACGCUCGACCACGCGAACCUCGUCAAGACCGCGUUGCACUACCCGCACCGCACCGGCUCCACGUACAGCGUGCGGUACGACCCCGGGCUGGAGUUUUACUACCUGGGCGGGCAGACGCCUGACGAGGUGACGCUGAUCAAGUGCUUCGACUCGGAGACGGACAGGGCGCGGCUGACGCCGCAUACGGCGUUUGCGGACGCGGGGAGCCCGAAGGAUGCGCCGCAUAGGCAGUCGAUUGAGGUUCGUGUUCUGGUGUUCGAUACUGAAUAG